AUGCAGCGGUAUCAUCGAACGUCGGGGCUAUGCGCCCUCGUGGCGUUCGUAGCGAUGCUGGCCAUUGCGCAAGCCCAGCCCCGGAUCACUAGCCUCUCGUCCGUGGCCGGGAGUCUCGCGGGCGGAACGAGGAUCUACGUCCGCGGCGAGAACUUCUCGCCCGACAUGUACACCGGCGUCAACCGCGUCUUCAUCGGCGGACUCGAGUGCACGGUCAUCCCAUACUACACCUCGUCCGAACAGAUCGCGUGCGACACGGCGCCUUCCACGCGGGAGGGCCGCUUUUCGGUGCGCGUGGACUCGUCGACGAAGAACCCGCUCACGGGCGUCGAGGGCGCCGCGACCUCGAGCGACGAGUUCUGCUGCUUCGAGUACAAGGACUUCUACACGCCCACGCUGAUGCGCCUCGAGCCCGACGGCAUCCUGGCGGGGGAGCAGGUGACGCUGCGCGGCAACGACCGCGGCGCGUUCGACCUGGACGAGGACAACGGCCUGAACGAGGUCGAGUUCAUGCGGAUCGGCGACUCCAUCUGCCGCGUCGACGAGGUCGCCGACUUCUCCGCAACCUCGGGCCUCUCGCCGGAGGACGCGGCAACCGCGACCGCCGCCGUGGGGCUGCCCGUCGGGCAGGACCCCUCCGGGUUCUACUUCGUGCGGUGCGACAUGCCCGGCCCCGGCGACAACGACGCCGCGGUGGGCGGCGUGAAGAACGUCACGGCGCGGUUCAUCGGCGACGACAACAACGUGUUCGUCGGCGACGCCCAGGUCCGCGCGACGGACCUGCUGCGCGACUUCCUGGGCCGCCCGUACCGCACCGAGGUCGUGCCGACGGUCGAGGACAUCUACCCGCGCGCGGGCUCGCUCGGCGGGUCGACCCCGCUGGUGAUCACCGGCACGGGCUUCCCCGACAUCCCCCGGAGGGUCCGGGACCCCGAGACGACGACGGUGACGUGGCGCGACCCCGCGCGGAUCUUCGUCGGUGGCCGGGAGUGCGUGGUGCAGAAGUCGUCCUUCGCCGAGAUGGUGUGCCUGACCGCAAACCAGACCGCGGCGCCGGCCGCGGCCGGCGCGGUGGACGGCAAGGUGCCCGGCGGGCGCGGCCUGCGGCAGCACCGGUACCAGAACAUGGACGCGGUGUCGGGGCGGUACUCGGACGCGACGUGGGCCGCGGGGAUCAGCAAGACGCUGGGCGCGCCCGCGGCACUGGCCAACAUCUCGGAGAUCGUGUUCUCGCCGCUCUCGCACUUCAUCUGGGAGCCCACGAGCACGAACGACGAGCGCCGCAACUACAUGCACGUCAUGGAGGCGUUCUUCCAGCCGCCGGUGACGGGCACCUACUUCUUCCGCAUGGUGUCGGACGACCAGGCCAAGGUCACGCUGCGCGUCCGGAACGAGACGGGCGGCACGAACGCGACCACGCUGUUCGACGUCACGCAGUGGCGGCGCUACGAGGACUGGGACAGCAACGGCCGCUCGCAGCCCGUGCAGCUCUCGCAAGACGUGCCCGUGCUGCUCACCAUGGCCUACCAGAACGGCAACGGGCCCGGACACGGCCGCCUCGGCGUGGAGAUCCCGUCCUCCGGCGCCACCGCCGACUCGAAGCCCAACAGGCAGCGCAUCAAGAUCUCGGCCGAGCGCAGCGGCGCGCUCCUGACGGUGCGCGUGGACACCGCGCCGGCCGGGGCCUCGCAGGUGCCGCUGUGCCUGUUCAAGUCGGUCGGCGGCACCCCGCGGACGCCCGGGCUGAUCCUGGCGGACAUCAACGCCACGUCGUUCUCGCCCAUCGAGAACGAGAUCUUUUCCUGGGCCCAGUCCAACACCACCAACGGCCGCCCGGCCUCGAACUACGUCAAGCGCGACCGCGGCUUCGACCCGGCGACCGGCAAGGACUACGUGACGCUCGCGAUCAACUGGGACUACGACGACGUCGCGACGGAGGCGUUCGUUGCCGACCCGUCGUGCACGCUGGGCGCCCCCGGGCUGUCGAGCGCCAACGUCAACGUGACGUUCUACCCGGGGCUGCCGUUCUGGGACCCUGCGGCCGACUUCGUCAACCUGUCGUGGAAGAACAUCUCCCUCGGCGACAGCAACGAGACGCAAAUUUCGCCGCUGGCGACGCGCCGGGACGUCCUGGACGCGCUGGCGCGCAUCGGCGUCGCCACGGGCGUCGACGUCGAGGUCGAGCGCGAGCCGGACUGGGGCACGUUCCGCUUGGAGAACAUCGAGUUCGCCAGCACGCGCUACUUCGUCGACGAGGUCACCACCGUCACCAUCACGUUCGACCCCCUGACGUACCCGUACGCGAUCGAGCAGGCGAACGCGUCGAUCGCCGGGAACGUCACCGCGAUCAAGCCCCGCGUGACGACCUCGGUGCUCUCGACCUUCGAGUCGCUGCGGCUGCUGUUGCCCAUCCCAGGCAACAUGCUGCGCGUCCCCAUGCCGGAGCCCUCGGCGGCGCGCGGAUCGGACGUCCGCGUGUACAUCAACCAGGCGCUCGCGUCCUUCGGCAACCGCACGCACCAGAAGAUGCUCGACUUCACCUACUCGUCGGUGCUCACGCCGCAGCUCACGCAGGUGUCGCCCCAGACGGGCGGGGCCGGGACGGUGCUCACGCUGACCGGCACCGGGUUCUCCUCGGCGACCGCGAACGUCUCCGUGGAGAUCGGCGGCGCGCGGUGCGAAGUCACCGCCGCCAGCGCCACGAGCAUCACGUGCACGCUCCGCGAGGGCGGCAUCGCGGGGCGCCACCCGGUGCGCGUGGGCUUCCGCGCCGUCGGGCUCGCGCGGGUGUCGGACGCGGACCGCGCGAACACGCUGUUCAACCUGUCGAUCAUGAAGGUGAACGGCGUGUCGCCGACCACCGUCGCCGCCAACACCAAGUUCACGAUGCUGCGGAUCAACGGCUCGGGCUUCGACUUUGAGGACUGCAGCAAGCACACCGUCCGCGUGUCCGGGUCCGCGCCGUGCCACGUCGUCGGCUGCACGGCCACGUCGGUGUCGUGCCUCCUCGACGCCAGCACCCUCGGCGCUGCCUCGAACCGCUCGGUGGAGGUGUCGCUGCGCGGGGAGACCGAGGAGGUGCACCCGAUGGACCAGUUCUUCCGCCGCCGGCUGUCCGCGACGGCGUGGAGCGAGUCCGUGGUGUUCUACGGCAUCUCGACCGUCCUCGUCGGCGCCCCCGCGAUCACGCAGUCGAAGCCCUUCUCGUACGCGGCCCAGUACUACCGCGCGGGCGUGCUGACGACGCUGCCCCCGGGCGCGCCGCGGUCCGGGUCGCUCCCCGGCACCAACUCGACGAUUUCGCUUCAGACGCUGGCGUUCAACCUGACGAACUCGACGGUCGGGGUGGAGAACGGGACGGAGCUGUACAUGAUGCCCGCGGCGCCGGUGCUCGGCGGGUCGCUCACGCGGCCGUACGGGGCGUUCCAGGGCAAGGCGUGGGAGCGCGCGCGGCUGCGCGUGCACCUCCACAAGAUGUCGGGGGACUACUCCUACGUCCUGUGGAGCCCGUCGCUGUUCACCACCGUCAACGGUACCAACAGCACGGCGAACAGCACGGCCGGCGCGAACAGCACGGCCAACAGCACGUCGGCGACCGUCAUCAGGGGCUCGGGCCCGCUGGUGCAGAUCCCGCUGCUGGAGACGGGGGAGUGGCUGUUGACGGCGCACCUCGCGAACGGCACGAUCCUCGCCGCGCCCGAGAUCUUCACGCCCUCGAUCUCGGUGUCGUCGGUGGUCCCGGCGUCGGGCUCGACGGGCGGCGGGCAGAAGAUCAAGGUCAGCGGCUGGGGCUUUGCCACGCGCGACAACUCCAACGGGACGCUCGAGGCGGUCACGAUGGUCACCGUGCCGGUCUCGACGACGUUCCCGUCGGGCAAGAUCGAGUGCCUCGUCGACCACGCGAAGACGAACGACGUGGAGCUGUACUGCGACACGCAGGCUCACUGCGCCAAGAACGCAGACCGUAACGACCCCAUGGCGAUCGUCAACUGCCAGCACCUCGCCACGAACCCGGCCCCCAUCGACGUCGUGUCGUGCGGGGACAACCUCAGCGUGCAGCGGCGGUUCCAGUGCUGGGGCUGGGACGAGACGGCGCGCGCGAACUGCACGUCGCCGACGAGCUGCCUGUACGCGUACUCGGAGUCGGACACGAUGGUCGUCACGCGCGUCAUCGCGGACCUCCCCGCGCCCUACACCGGGCGCUACGGCUCCGCGGCGGUGACGUACGGGGGCCUGACGGUGUCGCUGUCCGGCCGCGGCUUCCGGUCGGACUGCGUCGUGUACCUCAUCCUCGCGGACGGCACGCGCGUGCAGCCCUCCACGAUCAACGUCGUCUCCACGACGAGCAUCACGUUCACGGCGCCGGACCUCGGCGCGGGGCAGUACGGCGUCCUGGUCAACUCCCCCUCGGUCGGCAACGCGCUGAUGGGCCCCGGUGGCCGCGGCCUGUCGAUCGCGUACGCCACGAUCGUGACGAGCGUGACCAACAAGUUUGCGCCGUCCCAGGUCGGCCCGCUCGGCUCCGUGGCCGGCGGCACGACCCUGCGCAUCGAGGGAGCGGGCGCGGGCUUCGCGUCGGGGGACGCGGACCGCCUGAACACGCUCCUCGCCGCCGGACGCGGCCUCUGGGAGCCCGAGGCGGGCGCGCGGUGGGCCAAGAUGAACAACGAGUUCCAGAUCGCCGUCGGCAACCUCCCGUGCCGCAUCGUCAACCUCACGCGGUACGCGCUGGACUGCGUGACCGACCGCCCGAUCGGCUUCGUCACGGAGGAGUUCUACGGCCUGUCGAGCAGCAGGAACUUCCCGAACUUCGCGAACCUGCUGCCCACGUCGUCCGAUCUGUCCGACUCGGUGGACGUCACGUGGGGCAGCGGAAGCCCCGUGCCGACGGUCCAGACCGACUACUUCGGCGUCGUGUGGAAGGGCGCGUACCGUGCGACGACCGCGGGCAACUACACCUUCCAGGUCAACUGCGACGACCUUUGCCAGGUGUAUAUUGACGGCACCGCCGUCUUCAGCGAGGCGGAGCGCUUCGCCACCGUGACGAGGACGCUCACGGUCGGCUGGCACGACUUCCGCAUGGAGUACCAGGAGUGGACGGGCUGGGCGCGCUCCCGCCUGUACGUGCGCACCCCCACGGACUCCUCCCCGCGCUCGGUCCCGGGCGAAGUGCUCUCCGCCGUGCGCCCGGGCGUCCCGGCGCCGGUGUCGGUGAAGCUCGGCGGCGUCCCCGCGAUCCAGAACUGCACGGCGCAGCGCUGGGACUUCUCGGCGGACCUGUCGUCGGAGGCGUCUGCGUGGUCGGCAUCACGCAGGCUGCUCGCGGCGGUGCCCACGGGCGGGCCGUGCUACUUCGAGUACACGGGGCGCACGACGCCGAUCGUCAAGGGCAAGUUCCUCGGCGCAUUCAACCAGACGGAGAUCGACAUGGUGGCCAACGCGGCUUCGUGGUCGACGGUGGAGCUGGCGCUGCUGAACUCGCCGCGGCGGAUCACGGACAACGGGGAUCCCGAGCUGCAGACCGCGGACGACGUCAUCGUGCUGUUCGGCAGCCGUCUGAACAUCACGGCGCCCACCGUGGCCAUCAACGGCACCUUCGGCUGCCAGGUCCUCCGCGCGUCGCAGAGCGCAAUCGUCUGCAAGCCCGACCCGCUCGCCGAGCCCGGCGCGAACCUCAACUACAAGAUCGACGUCUACUACAACACCGCCGGAUACGCGUUCUUCGAGGACUCCUGGUUCAACACCAACAGCGACCGCGACGACCGCGUGCAGUACGUCAAGUACGACACGCGCCUGUACGCCGUCAACCCGCUCACCUCCAAGGGAUCGAUCCACGGCGGCGCGAGCACCGUCCUCGUCAGCGGCUUCGGCAUCCCCGGCCGCAUCGCGCUCUCCGACGCGACCAUCCAGGCCCUGCCGGCGUCCUUCUACGCAACGCCGCCGCACAAGACGCACAACCUGCCGCCCGCGAUCCGCCGGGAGGUGGAGCAGCCCGUCAGCGUGUCGAACGCCGCGGCCGUCCCGGCGCAGCCCCUGCCGUGGCUCGACGGCCACAUGACCCAGUUCGAGGCCUUCGUGAGCGUCUCGGGGCCCGACGUCAAGUGCGACAUCGACCUGGAGCUCACCAGCACCACGGUCCUGGCGUGCAAUCUGCGGGACGUCGCGGGCGUGUCGGGCUCCGUCCGCGUCCGCGCGGAGGUCCGCCGCCGGCGGCCCUCGUCGUCCUUCACCGACCUCAAGAACCCCUCGAGCGACGCCGACUUCCUGCUGAGCAGCGACUGGACGCCGGGGGCGAGCCACACCGCCGGCUCGCUCACCGUGCCCGCGCAGACGAACACCACGAUCCGCUUCAACGUGACCGCGCCUGCGCUGAUGCCAGGCCCCGUGUGGCGGUUGUGGCUGCGGCUCCAGCGCGCGCCGGGCACGCCGGACGACCUCGGGCAGGCGCACGGCGUGUACGAGUGCGCGUCGGUGUCGUACAGCAACGCGACGGGGACCCCGCAGGUGUCGUGCAACGGCCCCGCGCUGCCCGCCGCCACGUGGGACGCGCUGGUGUACGCGGUGAACGACACCGCGAUCCAGACCCCGCGCUACACGCUGUCCGCGAAGAACGAGACGUUGACGGUCGGCACGAAGGCGUUCAACUACACGGUCGGGCACGCGCAGCCCCUGCAGUUCACUGUGCCGCUCGACAUCUCGGGGGUGCAGCUGGCGGCCGGCCAGCGCGUGUGGGGCUCGUCCGCCGCGGACCUCGUCGGGUCGACGCGCGGCGGCCUGGACAUCUCGAUCAAGGGCAAGGGCUGGUCGCUCAACAAGGAUGAGGUCGUGGUCAUGAUCGGCAAUGUGUCGGCACCUAUUUCGGACCUCAACCUGACGUGCCUGAACUUCACGACGCCCGCGCUGCCGAACGGGACGUACAACGUCUCGCUGACGACGAUCCGCGGGGCGCGCCCCGUCGUCGUGGGGGAGUUCAGCGCGCUGGACCGACUCACCCCCAACGUCACGCACGUGGACCCGCACCGCGGCACGUCGCAGGGCAACGAGCUGAUCAACGUGUACGGCACGCAGCUGCAGUACACCGACUACGUCGAGAUCGGCGACGGCUCGUGGGUCAAGCCGGGCGAGAACGUCGACGGCCGCCUGCGCUGCACUUCGCUCAUUGUGUACAGCGACACGCACGUGGCGUGCCGCGUCCCGAAGCCCCCGCGCCGCGUCGCGGGCCGCCUCGAGGUCCGCGCGCACGUGUCCGGCCUGGGCUUCAGCCGCGCCGUCCCGGCGAACGCCACCGCGUUCACCACGUUCCAGUACGUCGACCUGUGGUCGCGCCUGACGACGUGGGGCGGCACGCAGGCGGGCGUCCCGGUCGAGGGCGACUCGAUCAUCGUGCCGGAGGGCCAGACCCUGGUCAUGGACAUCUCCCCGCCCAGGCUGCGCCUGAUCCUGCUCGAGGGCGACUUGGAGUUCGACGAGGAGGCUGUUCUGCGCAACCAGCCGCUCCAACUGCAGGCGGACUACAUCCUCAUCCUCGGCGGCGCGUUCCGCAUCGGCACGCACAACGAGCCGUACAAGGGCCAGGCGACGGUCACGAUGCACGGGCACCCCGAGGACACGCAGGAGCUGCCCGUGUACGGCAGCAAGGUGAUCGGGGUGCGACACGGCGAGCUGCUCAUGCACGGCAUGGAGAAGCGCCCGACGUGGCUGCGGCUGGUCGAGACGGCGACGCCCGGGAGCAACACGCUCAAGCUCGAGAACACCACCAACUGGCAGGUCGGGGACAAGAUCGUGGUGGCGCCGAGCUCCAUCCACGCGCACGAGGUGGACGAGGUCAACAUCACGGCGAUCACGAACAACGCGGACGGGACGUCGACGCUGACGGUGUCGCCCGCGCUGCAGUACACGCACCUGGGCGUCGUGACCGACAUGGACGGCAACGUCAUCACGCCGACGCCGCGCGGGUACAUUGACUACGGGCGCAAGCUCCUGGACCACCGCGCGGAGGUGGGCAUCCUGACGCGGAACGUCGUGUUCGAGGGCGACGAGUCGAGCGCGCGCUUCCAGUUCGGCGCCCAGAUCCUGGCGCACACGCACGGCGCCAAGGGCGUGAGCACCAUCCCGCGCGCGGUGAACAAGGCGGCAUACCUGAACGAGUACGGUCCGCUCGGCAACCUCGGCGGGCGCUCGCCGCUCAACAUCCUCAACGUCGAGGUGCGCAACGCGGGGCAGGCCUUCCGGCUGGGCCGGUACCCGAUCCACUUCCACCUCCAGGGCUCGACCAACUCCACCAUCCGCGGCAACUCGAUCCACCACACGUUCAACCGCGCGCUGACGGUGCACGGCUCGCACGGCGCGAUCGUGGAGAACAACGUGGCGUUCAACAACAUGGGGCACGCGUUCUUCCUCGAGGACGGCAUCGAGGUGGACAACGUGUUCCGCAACAACCUGGGCAUGCUCACGCGCCGCUCGCACAGCCUGCUCAACACGGACACGACGCCCGCCACGUUCUGGAUCACCAACCCCCGCAACGACUACUUCGGCAACGUCGCCGCGGGGUCGCUGGCGUACGGGUUCUGGUACCGCAUGCUGACCAACCCCGAGGGCCCGUCGACGACGAGCCAGGUGUUCCCGAAGUUCAUGGAGCUCGGGGAGUUCGUGGACAACGUGGCGCACUCCAACCUGAUUUACGGGUUCCGCGUGCACCCGGAGUUCUACCCCUCGGCCACGCCGCAGAACCGCCAGGCGCGCGUGAACUGCUUCGGGCAGGGCUGCAGCUCCAGCUCGAGCUCGUCGAACUCGGUGCCCGCGGUGUUCCGCGAGCUGCGCUCGUACAAGAACGGCAUGAAGGGCGCGGUCCUGACGCAGGUCGGGUUGGUGCAGAUGAAGAACCUGACCAUCUUCGACAACGGCGCGGGGCCGUUCGCGCACGUCGUCAACGGCAAGGACCACGGCGGCGGCAUCGAGUUCACGUGGAUUGUCGACUACCGCAACCACUGGGACAUGCGCCUCAGGGGGGAGUUCGACAAGAUGUCGGGCGUCGAGAACGCCUUUGUCAUCACCCGCACCGCCGCGGGGCAGGCCGGCACGGCCUCGAACGGCUGGGUGUCGGGCCGCGGGAUCCGCGGCAUCAUCACGAACUCGGCCGAGUCGCCUGACUUCCGCUCGCUGAUGUGGAUCAACAACGUGACGAUGAUUGGGUGGACCGGCGGGCAGUACCACGCGUUCGAGACGUGCGGGAAGUGCAAGUCGCAGCAGGGCGGCUUCCACACCUACAUGUCCAACGUGACGACGGUCCCGCCGGCGCUGCUCCCGGGCGCGACGUCGGGCACGCGCACGAGCCUGCACGGCCCCUGGGCGUGGUCGUUCCAGGGCGUGCUGUACGACCUCGACGGCACGAUGCUCGGCGAGCGCAACCGCUCGCUGCACGCGCCGAUGAACAUCUUCCGCCCCUCGGACCUCGUGCCGGGCAACCUGAACAACUACUACAUCACGAAGCCCAACAUUGAGGUUCGCAGGUUCAUGCUCAACUCGCAUCGCCCGAACUCGAUCCGGGCGAACGACCUGAUCAUCGGCGAGAGCAACGCGACCACGCCGCAGCCCAGGCCCACGUUCAAGCCCUUCUCGAAGUACAACGACGCGGGCUACCAGUUCUACGUGCCCACCACGCACACCGUGCUCCCGGCCAGCGACAUCAACGGCCGCCCCACGCUGCCGUCGAACGCUUCCGCCUCGGACCCGCGCGUCGUCCUGCGUCAGUUCGACCUCGCGUGGAACGUCGAGCCCGAGGUCAGCCCCACGGAGUAUGACCUCCACCGCAUCGACGACGGGUUCGACGACGACCACGUGUGGUUCCGGCAGCGCUCCAACGUCAACUGGACGCGCUGGACGGUCAGCGGGCGCGAGUCCAUCGACCGGUACCCGGUCGCCACGGACCCGCACGGCACGUCGUUCUACAACCUCACGCGCGACAACCUGCAGGACGUGAACCUGUACUUCUUGGCGCGCGGCGGCUCGCGAAGCGACCUGAACGUGAACUCGCACAUCUGCCCCGUCGGCGGGUGCCCGACCGACACCAUCCUGCCCCCCGCGGCCGUGGUGUCGAACGGCACGCAGAAGUGGAGCAGCCUCGACACGUGGCGCCAGCUCGGGCUCACCAACUCGACCGGCGGGCCCCGGCUGCCCGUCACCGGCGACUCGAUCACCAUCCCGCCCGGGUUCGAGCUGCGCAUCGACGUCGACACGCCCGUCAUGGAGCGCUUCACGGUGUUUGGCAACGUGUCGUUCGCGCCGGGCGACUGGCGCCUGGAGGCGAAGCAGAUCAUCGUGAAGGACACCGGCGUGCUCAUGGCGGGCGACAUCGGCGCCGACGGGCGCCAGCAGGCGUUCAACGGCCGCGCGAAGAUCCUCGUGCACGGCAGCCGCAACGUCAUCAACCCCCUGCAGGACCGCGAGGUCAACUUCGGCGACAAGUUCUUCGCGGUGAUCAACGGCACGGUCAUGCUCAAGGGCCGCACCACGGGCCGCCGCUGGACGCGCCUGACGCAGGCCGUGUCGGCCGGCGCGACGAGCCCGGGCGGGCUGGUGCUCAACGUGGACCCGCCGGUCCCGGGCUGGACGGGCUCGAGCUCGCUGCGCGCGGUGCUGACGUCGUCGUUCUGGAACCCGAACGAGGCCGAGGAGGUCAUCAUCUCCGAGGUGCGCAACGGCGGGAGCCAGGUCGUGGUGCGCGGGUCGCUCAAGAACAACCACCUCGCGAACGCCACGACCGUCGACCGCGUGCUGUACAACCACGAGGCGCUGCUCGCCAAGCUCGGAAACCAGACCAUCGUGACGUCGGCGGAGCUGGGCCUGCUCGACCACUCGUCGGUCGUGGUCGCCGCGGCGGACCCCGCGGACCAGGGCUACGUGCACCCCGUGGACGCCUUCACGCCCUUCUUCAGCAAGAAGGACCUGUACGGCGUCAGCAUGGUCGUGACGGAGAGCGCCAGGGUGUCGAUCGACUCGGUCUACUUCCACCACUGCGGGCAGUUCGGGUUCUCCGAGCGCGCGUGCCUGCGCUUCCACGGUGCCGCGGACCCGGCGCUGCGCACGGGCGGCUUCCUGACCAACCCCCAGAUCCACGUGCGCAACUCGGCCUUUGACCACAUCCUCGGCGCCGGCGCCCACUUCGACGCGACGUCGGGCGGGAUCGUGUUCGAGAACAACGUGCUGUGGGGCGGGUGGGACACGUCGACCGUGAUGCUCGCGGGCGGGCGGCGCAACGUCAUCCGUGACAACCUGGGUGUUGGCACGCGGAAGAUCAUGGAGGGCAAGAGCUCGUUCGACCUCGCGCUGCCCGCGGUGUUCGACGCGCAGGUCGCGGGCAACAUCAUUCAGGGCAACGUCGCGGCGGGCUCGGACCGCAUCGGCUUCUACGUCGCCGGCGACAACUGCGGCCGCAUCGGCACGCCCGCGCACCGCCUGGCGAACAACACCGCGCACGGCGCCCUGGUCGGCAUGAUCCUCGUGCAGGGCCUCGGCCUGUGCACGUCCGUCGACGGCUUCACCGCGCAUCACAACUGGGACUUCGGGGUCCUCACGAUGCGCGGCAUCACGGGGCAGGACGUUCACUUCAACCGCCUCAAGCUCUCGGACAACAAGCACGCGGGCAUCCUCGUGCUCAAGCGCGGGCAGACGGGCCGCAACCGGCAAGGCAGGGUCAUCAACAACCCCAUUGAGUGGGACCACAGCGUCACGGUGUCGGACUCGCUCAUCAUGGGCUACACGUCCACGGCGUCGUGCCAGGCGUGCCGUUCGAACUCGGACGCCGCGUGCCACCAGAACCUCAGCAAGCAGUCGUACCGCAACCCUCGUCAGGACAUGAUGGGUUUCGUGGCGGCGACGUUUGCGCUCAGCUUCACGCCGGGCCCGGAGAUGAAGCCCUGGGACGGCCUCAAGGGGUACCCGACGAUCCUCGGCCGCGCGACGCUCGACGGCGUCACCUUCGCGAACUUCGCGGGCAGCGCGUCGGACUACUCGAGCUUCGGCGUCACGUGCGACAUCAACGCGUACGCGCUCGCGCCGCACGCCAAGGCGCCCGACGCCUUCCACCCGCACUACCUGAAGAACUCGGCCAAGGUCAACGUGCCGCUCUCUGGCAUGCUGAAGAUGAUCGAGCCGGACCCGGGAUGGCGCCGCCCCUCGGACUGCGACAUUGCGACCUACCGCCGCAAGGACGGGUCGACGCUGCCGCUCAACUGCGACGGCCUCGAGCACACCUACUUCAAGGACAUCGACGGCACGUUCUUCGGGCUCAUCGGCACGGUGAACGGCGCGCAGCUCUCGGGCCGCCGCGCCCUGGAGGAGCAGGGCACGAUCACGCCUGGCCUGGGCCUGACGCACACGGACCCGAACUUCGACCUCCCGACCUUCCUGGCGAGCGACAGCGCGGGCGGGCCGUGCUACCACUCGGCCGGCCUCGGCGGCGGCGGCUCGCUGUGCGCGUCGGGCUUCCCGCAGGUGACGGCGACGCAGCCCCGCGGCAAGUUCGGCGACCUGCAGCUGCUGGUGAUCCACACGCUGGACGUCGACAGCGAGGACCGCAACUUCUCGCCCGUGAAGGUCACCACCGACGGGUACACGGACCUGCUCGUGACCAAGAUGGACCACGGCUGGUGCUUCGGCUACACGUGCCAGAAGCGCCUGUCGACGUUCUGGACGUACGUCCCCAUGGGCCAGCAGGUCGACGUGAACUUCACGGGCACGCCUGGGAAGUUCAUGCGGUACUACCUCCCCGACGCGAGCCCCUCCGCGGAGGUCGUGUUCCGCGUCAACUACUACGAGACGCUCAACCGGUUCGCGUGGGCUGAGGGGUCGCGCCUGUCGCCCACGUCGUCCCUGCCCGCCGUGGGCGACGGCACGCCGUCGGGCGCGUACUUCUGGGACCAGACGAACACCAUUUUCACGAUGAAGAUGAAGGGCGGCGCGGUGGUUGAGAUCCGCACGGAGCGCACCGUGAAGGUGUCGCUGCGGCUCACCGUCGACGUCACGGACUUCUACAACCGCGCGGCGGACGUCCGCCGCAACCUCGCGGCGCUCCUCGGCAUCCCCGCGGCGCAGUUCAAGCUGGUCAACCCCGUCGCGGCGGCGCGCAUGCUGCAGCAGAGCACGACCGCCCCGGUGAACAACGCGCUCAACAUCGAGAUCUCGGAGCCAGACCGCGGCGUGAUCGCGUCGCAGGACGUCGACCGCGCCGCCUCGAUGGACGCCGAGGACCAGACCAGGCUCCUGCCGGCGAACGAGACGGUGCGCAACGCCGAGCUCGCGACGGUCCUGACGAUCGACUCGCAGGUGAAGGCGGCCGAGAGCUCGCGCCAGGCCGCGGCCGCCUCGUCGGAGAGUGUGUCCACCACGACGCCGGAGACGACGCCCCCCGCGGCGACGACGGCGCCCCCGAACAACAACACCGGGAACCUCGGGUCCGCGCUGGAGAAGCUGUCGACGUCGCUGAACGACGGCGGCCUCGUCAGCGCGCUCGUGGCCAUCGACCCGACCCAGUUCGCCAACCUGACUGUGUCCGGCGCGGACAUCACCGUGGACGACCCCAACCUCCUGGUCGAGGCCGGGCUGAAGAACGUGACCGACAACGCCACGACGGGCAUCGUCCUGACGCCGCAGAACGUCGCGACCACGCCGGCGGCCGCGACGACCGUGCCCAGCACCACCGCCGCGCCCGCCACGGCCGCCCCCGGCACUGGCGGGUCCGCCACCACCCCGGGGCCGGCGGGCCCCCAGGCCACGCAGGCGCCGAGCGCCACGACGCUGCCGGCGGCCACGCACACCGUGCGCGCGACGUUCAGCCUCGCGGGGGUGUCGUCGUGCGCUGGCAACACCACGAGCACCGUCGAAGCGACGGUUCUGGCACAGGUCAACCCGAAGCCGGUGCGCACGAACACGCCGACGUGCGCGGGCGGCCGGCGCCUCGUGAUGGAGAUGGACAGUAUGCGGUACGCCGCGAAGAGCUCGCGCGCGCUCCAGCAGUCGGUCAGCAUUACGCUGGAGAUGCUCUUCGCCAGCCUGGCGAACGCCAACUCCGCCGGGUCGUCGGUGCAGGCCGCCGUGAACAGCGGCGCGCUCCUGCAGGCCCUGCAGGCCGCCGGCAUCCCCGUGACGGGCGUCGCGGUGGCGCUGGAGAUCCUCAGCCCGCAGCCCAGCAGCGGCACGCCGCGCGACACCGACGACGGCGUCAACGUCGGCGUGAUCGUCGGGGCCGUCGUCGGCGGCAUCGCGGGCCUCGCGAUCCUCAUCGGCAUCUUCGUGCUCAUCGCCUGGCGCCGCAAGCAGCACCGCGCCCCGUGGACGAGCGUCGGGUUCGGUGACGGUAUGAACCAGACGCUGCUGUCCGACCUGUCGGGCGCGCGCGGCGGCAGCAACACGAACCAGGCCGGAGGCGUCAUGGCCACCUCGGGCGGCGUCGGCGGCGGCGGGCGCCUGCCGUCGGGCGCGGUCGGCCUCGACAUGACGAAUCCCACGGUGGCGCCGACGCCGGCGGGCGGGCCGUCCGGAAAGACGUACGACCGCAACAUCUCCGGCGUGAACUUCGCGCGCGACGCGUCCGGCGCGUACAUCCCCGCUCAGACCGGGUCGCGCCCCGUGAGCGGCAAGUCCAACCGGGUGACGCCGAGCGGGUUCGGCGGCACGAUGAUGACGGUGGAGACGCUGGACCCGGUCAACACGUCGCAGCCGCGCUCGUCCAGCGGCGCGGUGCGGCCGCGGCAGGACGUCAUGGCGCCGAGCGGCGCGUCCGUCGAGGGGCAGAGCGACGACGUGGGCCCCGCCCGCGGUGUGCCGCGCGGCAACAGCCGCCAGCCGCUCGUGCUGCCGCCCCCGAUCCAGCCUUCCGGCAUCGACCGGAAGCAGACUGAGGACAUGGGCCGGAACUGGGAGCCCCCUACGCCUGGGCCUGUCAAGGUGCCCUCGCAGGGCGGCCCCAUGUCGCCCGCCGGCCCGUCGCACCCGCUGGCCCCGCUCAAGAGCGUCAAGCUCGAGGAGGACGCCCCCGCGCCGAUGCAGCCGAAGAUGGUUGUGCCGCAGAAGAAGCUCACGGAGGCGCUGCGCGGCGUCGAGGAGCGCCAGCGGCAGUAG